GUGUGAGCUCACUCUCGCGAGAUUUGCGACGCCUGAGUUCGCCGCCCAGGAACUAGAAGUCAACGGCGCUGCGGGAAUUUUAAACAGAGAUCUGGGUGCGGGCUGUGUGAAGGAAAUUGUGAGUGUAAAGGGCAGUCCUGUCAGUGCUCGUGCUUAUACACCAUAUUAUUUCAUUGAGUUUGUCCUUUCACUUUUUUUCCCAAGGCGGCCACGGAUGUAGCUCUCAACGCAAAGCUGGACAUUUUGAGUGGGAUAUUGUCUUCUUUUUUUUUUUGCCCGGAGAGUGAUUUGUGUCCGCUGUGAAAGUCUGCGGUGGAUCUAGGAUUUUUAACGCUGUGCUGUAGUGAUCGCCCAAUCUACAACCCCUGCCUUUGAUUGGGUUACAGGAUCGCGACUGGCAACUGCAGGACAUAUUUACAUGGCUACAAAAAUGCUGAAAAGCAAGUUGGGGUCAAACUCUAGUGAUCUGGAAAAGCUUAAGAAAGAAAAUGAAACCUUAAAGAAAACUCUGGAAGAAAUGUCCAAAUCAAAAGAAAAAUCUGAUGCACAAAGAAAGGUGGAGGAAAUGCUUGAACUUGAAACUUUGAAAGAGCACUGUAGCCAAGAAAUAGCUGAGACGAGAGAGGAGAUUGACAGUCAAACAGAAGAACUAAGAUAUAGUAGUAAGGAAAAUGAUCCAUUUCAUGUAAUAGAUGCAAGCAAGGCAGAACAAAUUGCUGAUGACAUCCAGAACCAGUUAUCUGCAGCUCUUAUUCGUAUUAACUACAUAGCUUAUUGUUUACAGCAGGAGUCUGAGGAUACAAAAAAGGUGGAAUCUGCAAAUAAUUUAAAUAUACUUGAGAGCCAAUUGAAAGAUGCAUUGGAGAAAAACCAGAAGUGGUUGGUGUAUGAUCAGCAGCGUGAAGAGUAUGUAAAGGGACUUAUGGGUCGGAUAUAUGAGCUGGAACAGCAGCUGGGAAAUGCUAACAAAACAAUCCAACAACAAGGAAAGGACACACCAUCUGAAGCUAAGCAAGAUGAUGACAAGCAGAAACACUAUGAUAAGCUUCUGUUAGCUGCAAAGAAAGACCUUGACAAUGAAAGGAAAAUCACAGCUCAGUUAAGCGCUCAGCUCUCUGCUAUGAAAGCAGAAAGGGACGGAGAAAGAAGGGCCUAUAAAGAGAGAAAGCAGAAAUUAAGAGCUGAGCUUGAAGUAUCCAAACAAAAGAUAGAAGAAGAAAAACAGAGAACAAUAGCACUUACUAACCAGAUUCAAGCAAUAAGCGUGUCACUGCUGAAGCAGCAUGAACAACAAAGCAGAAUUGCUGCACUGGAACAACAGAAAAAUACCAGCGAUAUCUUCAACAAUGUUCCAUCCUGCACGUUCCACAAUGACUUUGAAGAGAAGCUGACUAUCCGAUCACAGCGCUCACCCCCACACCGUAGGAGUCUGCUGGAUGAGAGCUUCCUGGAGUGUCCAAAUUGUAAAGCAAUGUAUCCAGCAAGCCAGCACAGAGAAUUGCUGGCCCACAUUGACUUCUGCACGAGUUAAACUAAGCCCAAAUGAUCUUCAGCAAUGGAAAAACUGACUGCUUCAAAGCUUUGGGGGUGGGGUUUAUUGCCAUUUCUAAUGGGGGUGGGGCAGGGAGCAGCAUUGCAUGUUAAGUUUAAAUCUCCUUUUUUUUUUGUGUUACACACUCCACGCUUUUAAUAAAUAUUCUUGGGUGUUUCUUCUCUCUUCGACAUCUGUUGGAAUCUACAGUGCUCUGACUUCGUGACGAGAGAGACUGAUAGUUUGCCAAACAGAUGACAAGUUAGAAGGUAUUAUGGGCGAAUGUUUAACUUUGCUUUCUGUAGCGUUACUGUAUGCUUAUUAAUGCAAACUGUAUAUGACAUUUGAAGAAGAAGGAAACAUUAAAUCAAUGUGGGGUGCCAAUUUGUUUUGUACCCCUUGAGUUACUUCCUACUAUGGGCCUUCUCUUUAAAUAGCUUGGCUACUAUGUAAAAAAGAAGAGAUGGUCCACAGUAGGACGUAAUUCAAGUCUCCCACCAUCUUGGUUCCCAGGCAUCCUUGCACGAGUUCAGACUUGGAGCAUGUGCAGUAGAGAAAGAGAAGUCUUUGGACUACGCUUCCUCCAACCUUAAAUGCUGGGGGGGAUGUGGGAUCUAACAAAUUGGCAACUCAUUGAUUUAUACUUUCCGUCUCCUUUGAGGUGUUAGCGCUAAACUACUGACUAAAAAAUGCUUUCAGGCAAGAUGGAUAAAUAAGGUUAUAGUAAUGCUGGAACCAGUGUUGUAGAGCAAUUGUGAUUACUGGAACCUCUGACAUAUUUGGAUGUAGGGGUCACAAAGGAGCGGAAAUGUUCACAGUCAACUUAGCUAGAUAUUAAUAUUACAUUACACCCAGUUGCCUACAAUUCUGACAAUUUAUAACAGCUAAUGGUCCAGUAGAUUGAAGUAUAGCAAUUAGGGAUGCACCGAAUCCAGGAUUCGGUUCGGAAUUCGCCCGUUUUUAGCAGAAUCCUUCUGUCCAGCCGAACUGAAUCCUAAAUUGCAUAUGCAAAUUAGGGGUGGGGAAGGAAAUGA